AUGUUUAACCUAAAAUCACAUAACACAGCAAUAUCUCCAGGAAAAUAUGACAUCUCUAAAAGUUUAGCCUUAAACAAUCAUUUCUGAACGCAUAGCUUAGAUGAACGCCUUCUAUCAUGCAGCGAGACUAUGGAAGUACGACAAGCCAAAUUCCAUCCUGGCAGUCAGAAUCAAAAUCACAUUUUGGUUCUUACGUCAGAUAAUAUGCUAAGGUUGUACCAAAUUGAAAACAACCAAUCUGCAAAUAUUGGAAUAUAUUCAGUAGGAGAGAAACCAACAACGUUCUUUCCCGGCAGUAAAACUCCAUUUCUGGAUAUUUACGGUGAAGUGGCAGUUGAUUUUGAUUUCGGCCAUCCUGAAAUAUUCGAUGGUUCCCGCAAAUCUCCAGUGAUAGACAAUUCGUUUGUUUUGCGCAGCCAGAACAGAAAUACUGAUGAAAAAUAUAUGAUCAACGUUGAGACACAAACUGUGGACAAAAUCGUACCCAAAAAGCUGGGAAAACAAACCGCUGAAAAGGACUGGAAUAACUUAGUGUGGCCAGUCUUUAUUUUGAGAAGCGACAUGAGCGUAUGGAAGCCAAUCUUAAAGGGACCCCUGCCCAUGACGGCGUUCGAAAACGACCAAACAGAAGCUUGUUCUUUGAUUUGCCUAAAUACUGUUCCACAAAUUUUAUGUAUCGCUCUUUCAAACGGUACUCUGUGUCAUUCGAUAUUUUUGGACAUCAACCAAGACUCCCUAACUGAAAUGAAGGAAAAUAGACGAAGCCUUACUGAACUUCCAGAUAAAGAGCUACUGGCGUUCGAAAGAGUCGAAUUGGAACUUGGACUGGCCACCUGUGAAGAGGACUUUGAUGCUAUAUAUAAGUGCCCGAUUUUCCUGCAGAGAGACGAUUCGAAGUCCUGCAGAUACUAUGCCACUCAUAGCGCUGGAGUUCACUCAGUGGUUAUUUCUUGCGUGGAUGAGCUGCAGGAUUUCGUCAAUCAACCAGAAGGUGCAGAUCCCACGCCGGACAUAUUUUCAAAUCUGAGCAAAGCGGAAUAUUUGGUGUGCACGAAAACAGCUGCUUCAGAAAAAAGCAAUCCCGUCAUAGGCUUCGCCUUAUAUUACGAACCAACAUCGAUAAUUACUCUUCUUAGCGACGGUAGUUUGGUAUCGCUUUGCGUGCUCUUCUCAGGGUGUUUACCAAAACUCGAAGAUUUGAUAAUAAGCGAUGACACCACAAUUACUUCCCCAUUGAAAAAGAUGUUACAAGAACCUUUUGAACAAUAUAUACAGAAGAUUUUGAAGAAGACAUCCACUCAGCCAGUAUUAAAACUGCCACCUAGCAGUGUAAACAGCCAAGAAGAAAAUUAUGAGCUUCUACAAAGAACGGCGCAGGUUUUCAGAGAAGAAUAUUUCAAGAAUCACCAAAAGGCCAGAGAAGAAUUGGAAAAGAGGAUACAAAUGUUGAAUAUGAUGAAGAAGAAUCAACAAAAGGAACUUGAGAAUAUGAUGAGAGAAAGAGAUGAAUUGCAAGAGAGCGCCAGCAAUUUGGCGGAAAAGUCUGAAAAUUUAUUGAUGCUGGUUUCGAGAAAGAAGAGUGCACCGUCAGAGGCAGAAAAGGAGUUCUUGAAAGAAUUGAAUGUAUCUAGCCAGAAAAUUGGAGUUUACGGCGACAAAAUCGAUAAGAUCAAGAGUAAACUGAAGUAUCAACAAAUUCAGAUGGAGAAUUGGAAAUCACAGGAAACUAAGAAGAUCUCCGCUUUGAACGAAACUCACACAAACACGAUUAAAACCAACAUACAGGAAACGACAAAGAAGAUCACGGUUAUGAUUAAGCAGGUCAACGAGUACAGGAAACAAUUGCAUUUAAAGUAG